ACCUUCCAAGCAACUAAACCCCAAUAGAAAAUUUUUCCAAAAUUGACUUUCUAAUGUAGCUCCUUUUAAUAUAAAUUCAUCAAACACAAUCUCUUCUUUAAUUAGCUACAACAAACUGUUAAGCUGACCAUAUCUUGUUCUUGCUUGCUCCAUCAAUGGCGUCAAAUUUCUCAACCCAGUUUGUUGAUUCUGCACUUCAUGGAAACACCAGCUUCGAGCUGUCUUACACAGACCCAAACCAGAAAUGGAUCAUUCGCAACCAUAUCCUCUCACUCAUCCAAAACUACCCUUCUUUGAGUCCUUCAAUGGAUUCCUUCAUCCACAACAAUGGAAGCACAGUGAACCUACUGAAAGCAGAGGGGAAACUCUCUGUUUCGCCUCCAAUUCCACUCACCAUUUGGGUCCAUGUAAGCUACCCUGCCAUGGCUCCUAUGGUGUUUGUUAUGGGAAGCUUCGAUUCUCCGAUUCAUCGCGACCACCCUUUUGUUGAUUCGUCCUCCGGAGCAACCUUUGUUCCUUACCUUCAAACAUGGCAAUACCCGCGAAGCAAUCUCGUCGAACUUGUUAAGAAUCUUGUCAAUCUCUUCUCAAUCGACCAUCCUUUGGUUUACUCUCCGACCAAUUCGACCUUCAGUCACCCCUCUAUGGUUUCCAAAAGGGAGGCUCUCGAUAGACUUGCAGGCAUGGUUCACUACGAUUUGGUUUUCAUGGAGGCCAAGACAGAGGAGGAAAUCGAAGAACUGUCGAAUUUGCAAGGAGAGAUGGCGAAGAGAGUUGAAACCACAAAUUCAUUGAUUGAUCAAAUUGAGACUGAGAGAAGUAUUUUGAAGAGGAGAGUGGAAGAUUUGGUGAUGGAAUCCGAUGUGGUGAUGAAUUGGUUGAGAGUUCAUGAUGGAAUUACAGGGGAUGAAACAGAGGAUGCCUUCGAAGGGGUGGAUGAAGAGUCGAAAAUGAAGAUUGAUUGCUUGGCUGCAAGUAUGGCCAUUGAUGAUUUGAUAUAUUCUUUAGAGAAAGCCAUCGAAGGAGGAGUAUUGAGCUUUGAAGCUUAUAUUAAGCAAGUGAGAGUCUUGGCUAGAGAGCAAUUUUUCUGUACAGCCAUGCUUGUGAAGCUAGGAGCUUCUCCUGUAGUUCAUUAAUGCACAGAUUUGGUGUGAAAACUGUGCUUUCUUUUUUUCUCGUGUACAGGAAAUUAAUUAAUUAGGUUCA